CCGAGCUCCGCCGUAUAUAAACGGCGCGGGGUCCUCCGGGCGCGGUCCUGUCACGCUCGCACGGGGAGGAGGCUGAGGUGGCGAUGGCGGAUUUUGAUCCUUACGACGAUCGGGCCUACAGCAGCUUCGGCGGCGGCCGGGGGUCUCGUGGUGGCGGCCUUGGUUCCCGCAAACAGAAAGAGCUGCCAACAGAACCCCCUUUCACAGCAUAUGUGGGAAAUCUACCCUUCAACACUGUGCAAGGAGACAUAGAUGCCAUCUUCAAGGAUCUCAGUGUAAGGAGUGUACGACUAGUCAGAGACAAGGAAACAGACAAAUUUAAAGGAUUUUGUUACGUAGAGUUCGAUGAAGUGGAGUCACUCAAGGAAGCUCUUACGUAUGAUGGUGCACUUUUGGGUGAUCGAUCACUCCGAGUGGACAUAGCAGAAGGCAGAAAACAGGAUAAAGGUGGCUUUGGCUUCAGAAAAGGUGGCGGGCCUGAUGACAGAGGAAUGGGAGGAGGUCCCCGAGAAUCCAGAGGAGGUGGAUGGGAUUCCAGAGAUGACUUCAAUUCUGGAUUCAAAGAUGACGACUUCUUGGGAGGCCGGGGUAGAGGAACCCGCCCUGGAGAUCGGCGACCACCAGGUGCCUCAAUGGGAAGUGGUGGCACUGGUCGCUUCAGAGAUGGGCCUCCCCUUCGUGGAUCUUCCAUGGACUUCAGAGAGCCAACAGAAGAGGAAAGAGCACAGCGACCCCGACUUCAGCUCAAACCUCGAACAGUUGCUACUCCCCUCAAUCAAGUAGCCAACCCAAACUCUGCUAUCUUCGGUGGAGCCAAGCCCCGAGAGGAAGUAGUAAAAGAGCACGACUGAGUUUGGGGUUGAGAGGGAAUGGGGAGGCGGGAGAAAAAGCAAGACAGUAGAGAGUGACUAGCUCUGCUGGAAUGUCAACCCUGCAGUUUACCAUUCCUGCCAUCUGGCAUUUGUCCUAUUUGAAACCGAAAACACAGAGCUUGUGAAUGCAUGUCAGCUGUUAACAAGUGGUUUUUAGUACGUUCUUGGCUUUGCUGUAUCUAGUGCCUGCUUUGUGCUGAGUUUCCCUCUUCUGUUUUCUUCCAAGCAGCACAGUUGCCAGUAGAUAAGGCAGUGUAGCUGCUUCCACGAGUGUGGAGGUCUCUGGACAAAGGUGCUGCUUCAACUUCUUCCUUUCUGGGUUUGUUUUACUUUAGAAGCGCAGGUUAGACUUAGUUAUUGCCCCAUAUUGUUUCCUUUUACUUCCUCAGUGCUCCUCUUCUGACCUGCAUGUCUUGUUCUGUAUUGCUGUGGCUCUGAAGAGGAAAACUGGAGAGUCCAGAUGAGUUGAACAGAGAAAUUUACAGUUCUAACCAAGUAGGGAGAUACCAUUUAUGACAAUUUGAUGGUAGUUACUGUACACAGCAGAGCCCCUUAUAAAACUAAGGGGGAAAGCUGCCCUUUCACACCGGUUACCAGGAAAGAUCAAUUUAAUAGAUGCAAAUAAAAUUGGCUGACAAGAAGCCUGGUGAGUAGGGGCUGCAAUCAGUAUGGGUAAAGCCCCUGCCAGCAGACUCGCUGGUGGCUGGCUGUUGACUUCAAAAUGGUGUGAUACUACACCUCUGAGCUCAAGGUUAGUGCUGCAAAAAUGUGCCUGUUUGAGCACAACUGCUCACUGGCUCUUUCUGCUUACUUUUUUUUUUGGGUUUUACAUGUUUGGUAAAUUUUUAAAGUUUCUACAAAUAAAAUUGACUUUUUUAUUUUUGUUUAAGGAGCGUAUACUUUGCCAUGCAGUAUGUAAUUGCCAUUAUCCCCUGUAUUUCUUUGCCCAGUGGUGUACAGUUUUAAGACCUCUGCUUUCAGAAUACCUUGAAAAUGAGCAGAUUAGAAAUCAUUCUGCUAUAGAUUCUCUUCAUGUAGAAGUUUGGGUAAAAAGCAUCUCUAAUUGCUGCAUCUCUCUUCACUUGAAAUGUUUCUUGCCAGUGUUGUGUGGUUGGUGGGAGGGGAGGGGGAGGCUGGAGCAAAAGGAGAGAGGUCGUCAAUGUUUAAAAACAAAACCUGAAUCUAUGACACUGAUGUGUGGACACGUCCAGCGCACGAGAAGAUCUUGGGCCCCCAGUGCUAGUGCUGACAGCUUUCAGAUCAAACCGCCAGCACACCAGAGCACUUGCAAGAGGAGUUUGGAAGCAUGGCUGCUUCACUGCCAGCAGCGUCACUGCUAGUAGUGAAUUUCUCCCCUAAAGUUACCUUUAUAAUGUCAGAGUCCCAGCAACUUACAGAACUACUCUUUCCUUCCUUCUGCCUGUCACUUAAUCUGCUUCUGAGAUAAGAACCAUUUGUCUAACACUAAUACUUAAUUUAAGACAGACAUGCAUUUGUGUGGUGGUAUUCCAAACCAAUAAUUGACCUAUUUACAUCUUCAAUGUGGAAAAGAUUUUUAAGAACAAAUUCCCAUAUAAAAUCUCACAUCUAGUCAAGACAGUUGACUUUUAAAUGUCAAAACAAAAAAAAAAAAGGAAAAGAAGAGAAUUCCAAACACUUAACACAUUCUGCUUCAUAACAAAAUAAAUUUAUGGAUAUGGUAUUUUGUGAAUGAUCUUUUAAAUAAAAGAAAACAUUAAGUAAUAUUUAACAUUGGUCUUUAUUUGAGUCUGCUAUAGCAUGUUCUUCCCCCCCACCUUCAGUCUUCAAACAUUGUGUUAAUUCGGAAAUUUGCUUCCUUAAAUUUUCUGGGGAAGCUGUACCAAACCCGUUCCUAUACAAAUAAGGGGGGGAGGAGAAGAAGGUAAUGGGGAGGAAUCUAACCUAAACAAGUGCUGGAAAAGGCAGGGCACAGUGAAGUAACAAUUGUGUGCGUGUGGAAGUGAGCCUAAAGUCCUGUGGCUUCAGUGUAACUUCAGUCAUGUUCUAAGGUUGCCAGGCAGAAUUUGUAAGUCCUGUGGCUUGCAGGUCAUCCAGCUCAUCCUGCCCUUUCCAGCCAGCUGAGUUCUGCUGCUCUGACCAAUUUGCCCUGAUACAGGGCUAAAUGUGUGUCCUUCCCGUUGGAGUAGUGAGCAGUUUCAUGUGCAGCCUUUGUGGGGAGACAAAGUAAAAAUGCUGUUGUCUUGCCCAGGUUCUCCUGGCUCUUUGAGCCGCCCUGUUUCCCACUAGACGUAACUGUUAAUGAGGCUGUCGCCCUGUGUCUUUGAAGUAUGUGCACACUGCAAGGGAAGUGCAAAGAGGGAGAGCCACGUUUUACUGAGGAAGCGAGCUCUGACCUUCCUGCUGGUUUUGCCGCUUUCCGUAGCGUGAGAGGGUGGGAAGCGUUCUGCCCUCCGGGCCCUCUGAUGGCAGCUUGAGCAGAGACUCCUGGUCCCGCUCGGAGCCGGUUGCUGCUGUGUGUGUGGCAGCACCUGGGUGAGUGGUGUGUAGGGACAGGGCUGGCUGGGGACACUGCCCUUCAGCUGCUGCCACCAGGCGUGCUCACAGCUGCUCUGUCAGACCUCCCGGCGGGGGAAGCGCUGGUUUCAUCUCUCUGUGUGCGGGAGAGUAACACCCGUUUGUGAGAAAGGUAGAUAGGAAACAGCUCAUCUCGUUCCUAAAAAUACUUUUCUGUGGCUCCUAAUACGUGUUUGGUCAAAGAUUUCCCACUAGUGAAUGCCACCUAAUACCAAUAUUAUUUAAUAGAUAUAUUUUUUAAGUCCUUUGUAGGCAAACAUGAACGCGUUGCCUGGUUUCUUUGGAGCAUUAUGCGUCUUGUGGGGCUUAGGGUCAGACUCCUCUAUUCCUUUUUCCCCCUCAAAAAUCUAAUUGAUUAACAUUUUCCUAUACAGAAGCAUAUCAAACUAGCUUGUAUCAACAGUUGACAAAACUAUAUUUAACAUUUGAAUGUGGCGUUUAAAUUUCGGAGGAGGAAGCAAGAUUAUUUUUCCCCCUCCCACCAGCAAAAAGCAGUUAAGGCUUAAACUGUAAUGCUUAAUUUUCGCUGCAGCUUCAAGCCGAGCCUGGCAUGGCAAAGCCUGGAAGGGGAGGUUACCAGUGGUGGUAACAAACGGAUAAUUCACUCUCACCAAGUUAUUUCUGUUAGCCAUGUGGAGCUUUCUUCAAGCUUGAACUUAAAAAAAUAGACAAAACUGAAGUCAGGAAUGCAGCAGAUGAUGGUUUUUGGAAGGGAAAUGGAAUUAAGGCAUCGCUUUGCUACUGUAGGAAUUGCUUCGUGGUGUCCCCCUGGGUUGGGUCGCAGGUGGGGUGGCUCUGGAGGAGCUGUGGGACAAUGCGCAGGAGUGAGCAGCACGCGUCUAACGUGCUGCAAAACUGCCCUGCCCACCACCAAAAAUCAAACCCCACUGAGGUCCCCAGCCCAGGAGCGGCACCGGGAGGGCUAAUCCCAGCCCUCCGAGGGCAGCAGCCCAGUGCUGGCACUGGUGUGUUGCCAACUCACUGGGCCGUGCAAUAGCAGCAUCCUAGGGGGCUCUUUGGGCUUGUCGUGGACGUUGUUCUGACGGCUGAAGAGGGAGGCGGAGGAGUGUUCACGUAGCCAAAUGACGGGCUGCGAGAGAGUCAUGUUAAAUGUGUGCCCCCGAGGGUGGCUUUCUUGCCUUCCUAAAGUAGCAACAAGGUGUAAACCUACUGCUGAGAUGCGCUGGCACGACUAAAAGAGUGCCCACGGUUGACCUCGUGUUGCUGAAGUUGUGCUGGGUGUCCCAGGGCUGGUUAUGACAGAGCGGUUGUGGCCGAGACUCACCGUCCCAGGGCAGUGCGGGAUGAUGCUGUCGCUGUUAUUAGGUCUAAGGUCACGUUCCUCGUCCUACUGUAGCUGUUUGGGUGACUAAAUCUAAAGCAUUUUAUGGUUUCCUUUUCCACAGCAGCAGCGACGCUGUUACAUGAUGUUGUCUGCUCCACGGCAGGUUCAUCUCGACAUCAGCUUCCCCCAUUUCUGUGCCCUUCCCAGCAAAGUGCGUCCAAGGGCUUUAAGGACAUUCAGUGCGUUACAGAGGCAACCUGCUUGCCUGUAAGCUCACAAAUUCCUGUGUAAAGCUCUAGAGUAUCCCAGGGUUGAUGUUUUCGGUAUGUUACUGCCAGGAACGCUGCCACCACCUUUCACCACCUCUGAAAUUAAGCUAGUUUCAGCUAGGUUAAUGUUCAGCACGGUAGGGAUUUGCUUCCUACAUUGAGAUUGUUUUGUUCGUGUCACCGUGCUCCCAAGAUCUGCCUCUUCCUUUUAAAUAAACCAAAAAAUCACGAAGUACCUCUAUAAACCCCUGCAAAAUCUGUACUGUAACGAAUCUGUAUAAUUUGUAUUGCUGUAUAAAACCAAAAUCAAAUAAAAGCGUUCAAACCUUCUA